AUGACUGAAUGCAUUGUGGAAUUACUGUUAUCCCGCUCAUUUGGAUUGAGACCUUUUUCCGAGAAACGAGAGAUCGUCGAAGGUGGCCGUCCCACUCCUGAGUUGCAAGGACUACAUACAACAUCCAAGCGAAGUGGUAAAGUCUUUAUUCGAAGUUUUCAGACGUCAAAUUACGACAAGUACAAAUGGCUGGCUGGCUCCUCAAAAUUAAAUAAGUUAUUUUGCUGGCCGUGUCUUUUGUUCAACUCAACAGACAAGACAGUCUGGUGCAAGAAGGGAUACGAUGAUUUGGCCAACCUGUGUAAUGCCGUCAACAGACACGAGAAAACGAAGACACACUUGUCCAGUUGCCUAAUGAAUGCCAGUUUUGGGCGUACACGCAUCGACAUGCAGCUAGACGAACAGGCCCGUCAACACAUCUCAGCUCACAACUUGAUGGUGCACAAGAAUAGAGAAGUACUUCGCCGUUUCAUUGAUGUUGUUUGCUUUCUUGGCAAACAGGAACUUUCUUUCAGAGGUCGGGUGGAGCUGGAGGAGUCUGCCAACAGGGGCAAUUACGUCGAAUUGAUAAAACUGCUAAGUGCAUAUGACCCCACACUACAAUAG